GAUGAGGAGGGGGCGAGCAACGCAGAGGGGGAGGAAGAGGAUGAGUAGGAGGAGGAGGAGGAGGAGGAGGAGGAGGAGGAGGAGGAGGAGGAGGAGGAGGAGGAGGAGGAGGAGGAGGAGGAGGAGGAGGAGGAGGAGGAGGAGGAGGAGGAGGAGGAGGAGGAGAGGAGGAGGAGGAGGAGGAGGAGGAGGAGGAGGAGGAGGAGGAGGAGGAGGAGGAGGAGGAGGAGGAGGAGGAGGAAGGCAAUGGGCUGAAGCGCUGGGAAGAAACGAGGCAGUCGGAAGGGCGAAGAUGGGUGAGGUAGGAGGGGGAGGAGGAAUGGGAAGGAGAGGGGGAGUGAGCACGGCGGGGAGAGGAAGGUGCAGAUGAGCCUCGGGAGUGAGAGAGAGGGGGUCC